AUGCGGUUGAUCCCAGUCUUCGCGACUGCGCUACUGGCCGCGGCCAACGUCGCAGGAGCGUCACCUCAAGCUGGUUCUCCCAGCCCUGCUGCUGCUGCGCCUGCUACCGAUACGUCUGCUGCGCCUGCUGCCAAUACGGCUGCCGCACCCGCUGCCGACACUCCGGCAAGUCAGGCUCCCAGUCCAAAUGUCUACGUCGCCAAUACUCAGCCGGCAGACACACAGCCCGCGGCGACUCAAGCUCCUCCAGCAGCAACCACUCAGCCUGCCAGUCAGGCACCUCCGCCGGUGGCGAGUCAGCCGUCAAGCAACAAUGCUGGGAGUGUCGAUAGUACCAACAACCCUCCGGCGGGUAGCACACCCUCACCGGAUCCCGUGGCAAGCAUUGUGAACCCAAGUGUCGGUUCAACGGCCCCUGCUGUCACCGUCACAACUGCCGCACCAAAUUCGUCUCCGUCAGAGACAAGUUCCGCACGGGCAUCUAGCGGUGGCUCCAGCGGUUCCAGUGGCUCUUCUGGCUCCAGUUCUUCGUCUGGGUCUUCGGCUGCCAACGCCGACUUGACCAACAAGCUCAACGGUCUUCUCUCUGGCCUAACGGGUGGCGGCAGUUCCGGUGGGCUCGGCGGGAUCUUUUCUGAUCUCGAUCAGCUCCUCAAAGGUUUGACGGGUCUUCUCGAUCCUUCCUUGCUCUCUGAUAUCGAAAACACCUUCAAGUAUCUGUCGACCUCAUUGGCACCUCCUGUGGACACCAACAUCCGGGUCCUUCUGUCCAACGACAACACCCAGGCUAUUGGGAACUUGAUCGCCAAUGCCAACUUGUUGCUCAACAAGCAGAACACCCAGACACUCGGCAACAUCCUCUCCAAGGCCGACGCGCUCUUGAGUGAGAAAAACCUGAAUAACUUGGAGAAGUUGCUCAACAACAUCGACAAGGUGAACGAGCUUGUGGUGAAUGCCGAUGCUCUGCUCUCCAAAAACAACGUUGUUGCCAUCGAAAACCUUGUCUCCAACGGCAACUCGCUGCUUACAAAGGACUUUGUGGCCAAGACAAACAGCCUCAUCAAUGCCGCUUCGGAUCUUCUCACCCAGCAAGUCUCCAACGCGCUCAAGGACCUUCUCAAUGCCUUGGUGCCUCUGCUCCCACAAGUGAAGAAGCUCCUGACGGAUUCCACACUCAACGCCAUUCAGAACCUGUUGACCAACGGCAAUGCCCUUUUGAGCCCGUCGUUCAUCAAGAAGACAAACAGCCUCAUCGACGCCGCGUCCAACUUGCUCACCCCGGAUGUCUCCAAUGCUCUCAAGCAGCUGCUCAACUCCAUCUUGCCACUGCUACCCGAGCUCAAGGGCUUCCUCACCAAGUCCACCUUCGAUCAGAUCACGAACCUGCUGUCCAACGGCAACGCCUUGCUCACCAAGCCGUUCGUGGAUCAAACGCACUCGCUCAUCAAUUCCGCUUCUGGUCUGCUCACUCAGGCUAAUGUCAACGCUCUUGAGACCCUCCUUAACUCUCUGGUCCCGUUGCUGCCCGAACUCAAGGCCUUCCUCACCAAGCAGACCUUUGAUGAGCUCAACAACCUACUGGCGAAUGGCAACUCUCUCCUUACCCAAGAGUUCGUGCAUGAGACUCAAGACCUGGUGAAGGGCGCGUCGGCUCUGUUGACACCAGACGUUGCCAACGCUCUGAAGACUUUGCUGAACUCCGUAACGCCCUUGCUGCCCGAAUUGAAGGCCUUCCUGACGAAGCAGACUUUGGACGAGCUGAACAAUCUGUUGGCCAAUGGCAACUCCCUGCUCACUCAAGAGUUCGUUCAUGAGACUCAAGGCUUGAUCAAGGGAGCAUCUGCAUUGUUGACUCCCGACGUUUCCAAUGCUCUGAAGAGCUUGCUGAAUUCCAUUGUCCCCCUGCUGCCCGAGCUGAAGGGCUUCCUUACCAAGGAGACGUUCGACGAGCUCACCAACUUGUUGGUGAAUGGCAACUCUCUGCUGACCAAGGAAUUUGUCACCGAGACCCAAGGUCUGGUGAAGGGCGCGUCCGAACUGUUGACUCCGGACGUUUCCAACGCCUUGAAGACGUUACUUCACUCGAUUCAGCCAUUGCUGCCAGAGCUGAAGAGCUUCUUGACACCACAGACAUUCCACGAGCUAUCCAGCCUGCUCUACAGCGGCAGCGAAUUGCUGACACCCGAAUUCGCCAACGCCACGCGGGAUCUGGUCACCAAUGCCGACCAGCUAUUGACUCCACAGCUGACGCAUUCGCUCAAGGGUAUCCUCGACGAAAUCACUCCGAUCUUGCCCGCGGUCAAGGGUCUCUUGAGCAAGUCAACUAUCGAUGAGCUUGUUGCACUGCUCAAGAACGCCAAUGACCUUCUCACACCAGGCUCGGUGAAGGAGAUCAACUCACUCCUGACAAACGCCAACGACUUGCUCACUCCUCACAGCAUCAAGGAGAUCAACUCCCUGCUGACCAAUGCCAAUGACCUCUUGACUCCCGCAUUUGUCAAUGAGACCGAGUCGCUCAUCACGGGUGCAAACGACUUGUUGACCCCGUACGUGGUCGGCGGUCUAUCGGAACUGCUGAACGGCCUGGUUCCCGUGGUCCCAGACAUCAAGAAGGACUUCUUGAACCAUACCACUCUGCAGAACCUCACUUAUUUGCUUGGCAACGGUACCUCCUUGCUGACAACCAAGUUUGUGACUGAAACGAGCGGCUUGGUCGACGGAGCCAGCAAAUUGCUCACUCCAGAGGUUAUCAAAUACCUGCAGCAACUGAUGAUUGAGAUCUACGCCAGCUGGCCCGAGAUCUUGAAAUUGGUGUCCCCCGAGUCUAUCAAGGGCAUUGCUGGUCUUCUGACGAACGCUGAGAACCUUCUGACGCCUGAAUCCGUGAAGGAGAUUUCUAGCCUACUGAAGAAUGCCGGCAGUCUCCUGACCCCCGAGACUGUCAAGGGACUUGCAGGUCUUCUCACCAAUGCCGAGGAUCUCCUGACUCCCGAGACCGUCAAGGAUCUUAAGAGUCUCCUGACCGAACUCGACGGCAGCAUGCCCGAGAUCAAGAAAUUGAUUGCGCCGGAUUCCAUCAAGAUGAUCGCCGAUCUUCUCACCAAUGCGGAUGAUCUCCUGACCCCCGAGACCGUCAAGGAUCUGAAGGGUCUGUUGACCGAGGUCGACGGCAGCAUGCCGCAGAUCAAGAGCUUGAUCUCACCCGACUCGGUCAAGAAGAUCUCUGGUCUCUUGACCAACGCCGAAGAUCUGUUGACACCCAAGUUUGUCAACAACACCAAUAAUAUUAUUACGGAUGUUGCAGGCUUGCUUCCUCUGGUUGAGAGUCUCCUGAAUAAUCUGUAA